GGCGUUACGAGGACUUUUUUUCCCUUUGAGAAAACCCGAAAGGUGGAGGCGGCAAUAGUUAGGCUUCAGUCCAAACUGGUAAACGACGAAGGGCUUUUUCCACAACCCAGGUGGAAGGGCUGUCCGGGUGUUUCAAUUCACUUCAAAAGGCUGACUGGUGAAAGAAAUGAAGAUAAUCAUCUACGCAUUUUCCUGAACUAGCUCAAAAUAUAUUGUUUGAAUUUCUGUUCUGAAUGUCUGUUUCCUCUAACAAUUAUUUUGUGAAAUAUUUCAAAUAACAGUAGAUAAUCAACAGAAUGGGAGUGAAUAACUUGUGGCAAAUUUUGGAGCCUGUUAAGCAACACAUCCACUUGCAGAAUCUUAGUGGGAAAACCAUUGCGGUUGACUUGAGUCUCUGGGUGUGUGAGGCACAGACAGUCAAAAAAAUGAUUGGAACUGUCACGAAGCCACACCUCAGGAACUUAUUUUUUCGUAUCUCAUGUUUAACACAAAUGGAUGUAAAACUGGUGUUUGUUAUGGAAGGGGAGCCGCCAAAGCUGAAAGCUGAUGUCAUGAGCAAGAGGAAUCAGAUUCGGUAUGGGCCUUCUGGAAAAGAAUGGUCUCAGAAAACGGGGAGAUCACAUUUUAAGUCAGUCUUAAGAGAGUGCCUAGAUAUGCUGGAAUGCCUAGGAAUCCCCUGGGUUCAGGCCACCGGAGAAGCAGAAGCCAUGUGUGCUCACCUUAAUGCCAGUGGUCAGGUGGAUGGCUGCCUCACCAAUGACGGUGAUGCUUUCCUCUAUGGGGCCCAGACUGUCUACAGGAAUUUCACUAUGAGUACAAAGGACCCUCAUGUUGACUGUUAUACAAUGUCAUCUAUCAAGAGUAAACUAGGUUUGGAUAGAGAUGCUCUGGUUGGACUAGCAAUACUUCUUGGCUGUGACUAUCUUCCAAAGGGAGUCCCUGGAGUUGGAAAAGAGCAAGCAUUGAAACUUAUACAGAUUUUGAAAGGGCAAAGUUUGCUUGAGAGGUUUAAUCAGUGGAAUGAAAAAUCAUGCUACUCUGCUGUACAACCGUCAGUAGCUAAAAAACUGACUCACUGUUCUGUGUGCUCCCAUCCAGGCUCAUCUAAAGAUCAUGAACAUAAUGGAUGCAAAUUAUGUAAAAGUGAUAGAUACUGUGAACCGCACGAUUAUGAAUACUGCUGUCCUUGUGAAUGGCACCAGACAGAACAUGAUAGGCAAUUAAAUGGAGUAGAGAACAAUAUUAAGAGGAAAGCUUGCAGUUGUGAGGGAUUUCCAUUCCAUGAGGUUAUUCAAGAAUUCCUUUUGAACAAGGAUAAAUUGAUGAAGGUAAUCAGGUACCAACGACCUGAUUUGUUAUUGUUCCAGAGAUUUACCUUUGAAAAAAUGGACUGGCCCAGUCCCUAUGCAUGUGAGAAAUUGUUGGUACUUUUGACCCUCUAUGACAUGAGAGAAAGAAAACUUGGUAGAAGGAACUCAAAUCAAUUACAGCCAAUACGAAUUGUUAAACCCCGAAUCAGAAAUGGAGUUCAUUGUUUUGAAGUAGAAUGGGAAAAGCCUGAACAUUAUGCUUUAGAAGAACAACAACAUGGAGAAUUGCUUCUACUUACAAUUGAAGAAGAAUCAUUGUUUGAAGCAGCCUAUCCUGAGAUUGUUGCUGUCUACCAAAAACAAAAAUUAGAAAUUAAAGGGAAGAAACAAAAAAAUAUGAAAAUUAAGCCUAAAGAAAACACUUCACCAGAAUCAGAUGAUGUAAUGAGUUUUCAGUCACUUAAGACUUUAAAACCCUCAUGUAAAAUCUUUCCUAAGCAGAAUGCCAAGGUAAAUUUGGAAAUUUCUCCUGAUCCUCCAUUACCACAGGAAUCUAUUUCUGCCUCAUCCAGUGACUUGCUUUUACCUCAAAAUGCUUCCUGUUUGAAUACACAACAGCAAAUGUCUUCUCCAAGACCUUCAGCUAUAAAACAAAUUAAAGAUGUCAGUAGGUCUCUAAUUUCAGAAUCUAAUCAACCCAGUGCUUCAUCUUGUAAUAUAUCUGUGAUUACUGAUCUACACCUGAGUGCCAUUGACUGGGAAGGUACUUCUUUUAGUAAUUCUCCAGCUAUUAAAUUGAACACUCUCUCUCCUGUUUUACCACAAUCAGAACUUGAAUCACACCUAUCGGCCAUCCCCAAUGACUUUGGAAAUAUCCCACAACAGUUGUCAUGUGAGUCAGAAUGGUGUACCACAAACAUCAAUAAAGUAUUGGACAAGAAUCUUCAAAAGAUUAGUCCUGAAGAGCAUUUGCUUUCUGGCAUUAAUGAUUUAUAUCUUCAGGAUAUACCUUUAAAGAAACGAAUACAAAUGAAAUCAUCAUAUCCUCAGGGUAAUGUACAACCAGAUAUUCAUCUGAAAACUUUGUGCCUUCCAAGUAUAAAAGAAUCUCAUAUUGAUAACAGUAGUUCUGACUGUCUGUUGCAUCUUUCAAAAGAUCUUUCCGAAAUUCAUUUACAAAAUGAAUCCAGAAACUCUAAUGUUCUAACAGGAGACCAACUUUUUCAAGAAAACUGUGAAGUGAGUACUUCUGUACCUUAUCCUGUCAAUAAUCCAGUUGUGAAGACCACCAGUAUUCGAGUUGAACCACCAUAUCCUGCAAUCGAUCAUAGUAGAAAAGUUGAUAGGCAAACCACUCAAAAAAUUGUCAUGAAGAAUAGCGCUUGCCUUGACAAACAUUCCUCUGAUGUAGAAAGUGCCCCAGUAUUUGGGAAAGCUAAGUGCACAACUCAAAAAAUGAGUUGCAGUUCUCAGAAGCAUAACCCAACCCACUUCAAAGAACACAGCCACAGCAAAUUGUGUAACCCUAAGAUGUGUAUUGAAGAAACUGAACUGUGUGUCAAUUCUUAUAAAACAGCUGGAAAUGAAGAAAAGUGUUUCCUAGAUACAGCAGAAAGUUCUCAGAGUUUUCUGCAGAGUCAUAAGAAAGACAGGGACCCUGGUACUUAUUUGGAUAGUCCUCUUCCUUUAAGCCAGAGAUUAAAAGUAAGGUUCCAGAAUACUUGAAAUAUAAAAUAUUUAAGUAUAGGCCAUCGCCAUGGCACAUACUUGUAAUCCCAGUGACUUGCAAGACUGAGACAGGAGGAUCACAAGUUCAAAGCCAGCCUCAGCAAAAGCAAGGCUCUAAUCAACUCAGAGACCCUGUCUCUAAAUAAAAUACAAAAUAGCAAUGGGGAUGUGGCUCAGUGGUCGAGUGCCCCUGAGUUCAAUUCCCGGUAUAUAGUUUAUUAUUCUACUACUGUCAAUAUAAACUAGGCAGAGGGAGCAUGACUGGUUAGUGAUUGGUAGAAAAAUUUAAUUUUUAUUUGUUGUGAAAAGUUUCUGCCAUUUUAAUUAAAAGAUGGAUUCUAAAAUUUGGGUUUUAAAAAAUGACUUUCUGUGAUGAAAACUUCAGAUAUAUAUUUUUAGGACACAUUUUUAUUGUUUUUUUAAGUAUCCAUAUUGUUCUUUAUUUAUAAUUUUAAAUAGUGCAUUAUUUGACAGAGUGAAUGCUUUAUUCAUUACUCAUUUUUACUAUUUCUUCCACAAGCCACUGAAGCAUUUAUUUAUAUUGUAGCUUGUUCCCAGGAGAGUAACUAUUUGUAAUUGUCUUGCAGCAUUAUGUACUGUACCUUUCCUCAUAGUUAUAUUUUCCAAAGUUCCACUUUUGGUAAUCAUUUUUCCUUUGUAAGGGGCAAAGGAGAGAGGUUGGUCAAUAUAUGUAGUAAAAAUCAUGGUUGUAAUGGUUGAAUGUUUAAACUAAGGUAAGUUACUCCUUAUCCCUGGAAGUUCAUGGUAUAUCAAAUGGAAAAAGAUUUUGAAAAUCCAUUAUGUAACCAGAAGAGGAUUAUAAACUACCUCAUUAAGAAUGCAAAACAGCUAAUUAAUAACGCAGUGGUACUGUAGGAACCAGUUUCCUUGCUUUCAAUUCUUUGAGUUUUCUGCAUUUUCUCUUCUACAGCACUUUUUUCUUUCCCUUACUUUUGUUUUAAAAAUUAUGCAUUAUCGACUUGAAUACAUCCAGAUACUAAGGCUUUCAUAAAUUUGUCUAGUACUGAAAAAUUCUAGAGAGCCUCCAGAGUGGGAAAGAGUAAAACUGCUUCUAUUUGCAAAUGACAGAAUCUUAUACAUUGAAAAAUCCUAAGGAAUCCAUUAAAAAUCUAUUAAAACUGAUAAACUCAAGGUUGAAGGAUAUAAGAUCAGCAUACAAAAAUCAAUUGUAUUUCUAUAUACUCACAGAGAGUACAGAUAGAAAUGAGAUUUCAUUAAAUGAAAAUUAAGAAAACAGUUCCAUUUACAGUAGCAUCAAAAAGAAGAAAACACCUUGGAUUAAAUUUAACAAAAGAAGUGGAAAACUUAUAUUCUAAAAGUACCAAGUAUUGUAAAAGAAAUUAAUAAAUGGAGAGACAUCUCAUGUUCAUGAAUCAGAAGACUUAAAAUGGCAAUUCUAUUCAAACUGAUCAGAUUCAGUACAACCCAUCAGUUCUGGGUUGCUUUUUAUUCCUUUCCUCCUCUCCCCUCUUCCCAGCAACUGAUUGUAGCAUCAUACAGAAAUUCUAGAGAUACCGAACAACUAAUUUUGAGAAAAAGAGAAAAUUGAAUGAUGAAAAAAGUAUUAUACUGGCAUAAAGUUAGACAUAUAGGUCAAUGUAGAUCAAUGGGAUAGAAUCAGGAGUUCAGAAAUAUGCCCUCACAUUUAUAAUCAGUUGGAGUUCACCCAGUGCCAAGACAUUGCAACGGGGAAACAAUAGUCUUUCAGUAGAUGUUGCUGAAACUAUAUUAUUUAUUUAUAUGAUAUUUAUAUGAAAAUGUAGUUUAAUCCCUACUUCACAUUACAUUUUUUAAAAAAGCAAAGUGGAUCAAAGACUUAAAUAUAGGAACUAGAACUAUUAAACUCUUAGAAGGAACUAGGUUUAAAUCUUCAGGGCUUUGGUUUAGGCGAGGGUUUCUUAGAUAUGACAUCAAAAGCACAGGCAAGAAAGAUAAAUUAGACUUCUUCAAAACUGGUAUUACAAAGGACACCAUUAAGAGAAUGAAGAGAGCUGUCAUGGUGGUACAUGCCUAUAAUUCUACCACUUAGUAGGGUGAGGCA